UGAACUCACAACGCUGGGUUUAGCAGGCCAAUGCUCAAACCACCAAGCUACCCCUCCCCUCCUUUUAUUUAAAUUAAAAAUGGAUUAAGAUGAGGGGAGAGGUCCUACACUGAGCCAAUUCCAGAGUUAGCCACAUGCCAUUGUGUUCACUUAACUUACACGUACAAAUAUCCCAUUGUGUGCACCCAGUUUGCUCUUUUAGUGCACACAUGAGCACUUGGACACAUAACUGGUCCUGUGCACAUGCAAACACCAGAUCUGGGUGGGCUUACUGGGCACUUCCAUGCAUGACUAGGCAUGUGCAAAGGUGUGCUUGCUGUUGGAUGUGCUGCACUUUGAAAAUCUGGCUCCAUAUCUUUACUUUUUAGAGUUCACCAGAAGGUGACUUGUUCUCCUUUGUCACCAACUGGAACCAGGCACCAAGCUGUGGAAGCCAAAAACUCCUUGUAGCCACAUAAAAAGCACUAGUGAAGUCAGUACAAACUAAAACUUCAUACAGACAAUGGCGUGUUUAUGCUGCUCUAUUCACUAUACACUAAAAUAGUGGGUGAGAAGAAAGUGACUUCCGCAGAAAUCUCUUGCAGACAGAGGGCAAAAAUCCCUGAAAUGAGUCGGAGAAACUAAGUUUUUUUUGGAUGAGGCAGAAAACUGAGGUCAUGGUGACCUGUGGUUAUUAGAGCCCAUGAAACAUCUUGCAAGCAGAGAGGAAGGGAGCUGAGCAGCGCCGGCAGAGAGAAUGCUUCGUUUGAUCAGGACUAGACUGAGUGCCAGCUGGUGGAGGCAACUUUGGGCACAAGCUCUGGCUACGCCCCACUUCAGGCUGACAUCACCUCCGUACUAUAUAACACAUCAAAAAGGGAGAUACUCAAGUCAAGCGAACAAGGAAUCCACAUCCUUUGUCAUGAACCUGUUCAAUGGGCAGUUUGUACCUGACAAUGUUUUUCCUUUCCCCUCAGUGCUCUCAAUGGAGCAGACGCAGUCCCUGCAAGCCCUGGUAGAUCCCUGCACCCGCUUCUUUGAGGAGGUUAAUGAUCCUGUGGAGAACGAGAAGCUGGAGAGCAUUGAGACGGCCACCCUGGCAGGGCUGAAGGAGAUGGGAGCCUUUGGGCUGCAGGUGCCCGAGGAGCUGGGGGGAAUUGGGCUGACGAACACCCAGUAUGCUCGGGUUGUGGAGGUGGUUGGAGUGCAUGACCUUGGUGUGGGCAUAAGCCUUGGUGCUCACCAGUCAAUCGGCUUUAAGGGAAUCCUGCUCUUUGGGACCCAGAGUCAGAAGGAGAAAUACCUGCCCAAGCUAGCAUCUGGAGAGACCAUGGCCGCCUUCUGCCUGACGGAGCCAUCUAGUGGCUCAGACGCGGCAUCUAUUAAAACCGUCGCCGAGCUCAGCGAGUGUGGGAAAUUCUACACGCUGAACGGCGGGAAAAUAUGGAUCAGUAAUGGAGGGACAGCUGAGAUCUUCACAGUGUUUGCCAAGACCCCGGUAAAGGAGCCAACAGGGGAAGUGAAGGACAAAAUCUCAGCCUUCAUUGUGGAGAGAGCAUUUGGGGGAGUGACCAGUGGCCCCCCGGAGAAGAAGAUGGGGAUCAAGUGUUCCAAUACAGCUGAAGUGCACUUUGACAACGUGAAGGUGCCAGCAGAAAAUCUGCUUGGGGAGCUCGGAAAAGGCUUCCUGGUUGCCGUGAACAUACUGAACAACGGGCGCUUUGGGAUGGCCUCCGCCCUGUCAGGCACCAUGCGUGGAGUGAUCGUCAAAGCUGUUGAUCAUGCCGCUAAUCGUAAGCAGUUUGGAAACAAGAUCAGCAACUAUGGGGCUAUUCAGGAGAAGAUUGCACGGAUGGCCAUGCUGCACUAUGUUACAGAGUCGAUGGCCUACGUGGUGAGCGCCAACAUGGACAUGAAGGUGCCCGAUUACAAGCUCGAAGCUUCAAUCAGCAAGAUUUUUGCCUCGGAAGCAGCCUGGUACGUCACAGACGAGUGCAUCCAGGUCCUUGGAGGAAUGGGAUACAUGCAGGAAACUGGUGUCGAAAGAGUCUUGAGGGACCUGAGGAUUUUCCGCAUUUUCGAGGGCACCAAUGAUAUCCUUCGCUUGUUUGUGGCACUGACGGGCAUUGAGUAUGCUGGGGUCCAGUUAAAGAAUCUGCGAACAACUAUCAUGAAUCCAUCAGGGAAAACUGAGACCAUCCUAAAAGAUAUCGGGAUGAGAGCAAAGCGUAAAGUUGGGAUUCCCACUGGCUUGUCUCUGGAGGGAAUCGUUCACCCAGGCCUGGACAACAGUGCACACCUGGUGACGAAGGCCAUUGACCUGUUUGGUGAAGCUGUUGAGAGCCUCCUGCUGAAGUACGGCGAGAAGGUGAUAGACGAACAGUUUCAUCUGAAACGCGUGGCCGACGCUGCCAUUGACAUCUAUGCCAUGGCUGUGGUGAUCUCCAGGGCCAGCCGCUCUCUGUCUCUGGGACAACCCACCGCUGAGCACGAGAAGCUCUUGUGUCAAACGUGGAGCCACGAGGCAUUUGAGCGAGUGAGAGAGAAUCUCCGAGCAGUGAAAUCUUCUACAUGGAAUCAAUCCUUUGCUAACAUGAAGCUAAUAUCUAAUGCUGUUGUACAGAACCAAGGGAUCCUAGCCACGCACCCUCUGGGCUUCUGAACAGAAAUGCUGCUUUGGUUGACAAUGAGCAACAGCUACAAAUCCUAUUAUACAGAAAAAUAUUACAUUACACACCGUU